AAAUUGUGAGUAUUCUUUGACCAACCGUGCAGUUACAGAACCAGCUCUUUAACUGCAGUUGUGUUUCAAGGAUCUUCAUUGGCUUCAAAACCAAGAAGAUGGGAACUCAUCUGGUUCUGGUGGUUCUGCUGUCCAUCUGCAGCCUCUCCUUUAGUCAAGAAUGUAUUCGACAGCUUCAGGAGAAUGUGGAUUUCCCAGGAACAGACAUUAAAUUUAUCUACGCUGCUGAUGUUGAACACUGUCAGCAGCUUUGCACCCAGCACCCCUCCUGUCUCUUCUUUACCUUUCUUCGGGCUGACUGGAGCAGAGACAACAGGGUCUUCUACUGCUACCUGAAGAAGACCGACUCUGGAAAGCCCAACGUUCAGACUUCUGUGCUGGGUGUCACCUCUGGAUAUUCUCUCAAAUCCUGCAACCCAGAAGCAGAUCCUUGUCUGUCUAAGGUGUACCAGAACGUGGACUUCUUUGGGGCCGACUACCGAACCUUCUUCACAGCAGACUAUGAGGAGUGUCAGAGAGCCUGCACACAUGACCCUUCCUGUCAGUUCUUUACCUUUGUCAAUGGAGUCUUCUCUACACCAGAGAAGAUCAGGUACAAGUGCCACCUUAAAUUUAGCUGGUCUGUACCAAGGACUGAUAUUGUAGUAAAAAAGGCUGGUGUAACAUCUGGAUUCUCCCACAACACAGCCUUAUCUCAAGUGUCUAAAGCAGCAUGUGAGGGUAAAGUUUUUCCAAGCAUUGACAUCCCAGGAAGUGACAUCGAGAAUUUUCCUGCUGCCUCUCCUGAACACUGUCAGGCCCUGUGCUCUGCUCAUCAUUCCUGCACCUUCUUCACUUAUUCCAGUAAUGGCAACAAGUGUUACCUGAAGGACAACAAAAAUGAAAUGGUGAUGGUAGCCAAACAAGGAGCCACAUCUGGUUUACCAGCACGCUUCUGUCAGCUGGAUAACAACUGGGUUAAGGUCCCUCAAGUUGGAGUUGAUUUCAAAGGUUCUGAUAUCCGCUUUGAGCUGAUGGAUGAUGCAGACACAUGUCAGAGGACCUGUUCUCAGGAUCCUAACUGCCAGUUCUACACCUAUGUCAGUAAUAGCUUCCCUGACAGCACUAACCGGCGCCGCUGCUAUCUGAAGCGUGUCAUCACCAUGCCUAAUCCUCCUAAAGUUACCAAACUGGCCAAUGUUGUAUCAGGGUUCCACCUGAGGAACUGUGUGUAGACUGUUACACACACACACACACACACACAAACAGGUGUUGUUUUUUAAAUAAAAGGUCUCCAAUGUGCUCUGAACGAGCUCAGCUGGAGAUAACCUUUAAGGGA